CCAGCUCUUCAACCUGUGGUUUCUCGACCAACAAACGCUACCAUGACGGGCAACAACAACGCCUACAACAUCCGUUCCCACGAGGAUGAGACAGCCCGCGAGUACUUCCAUCACUCGUCUGGCCAGCGCGUCAACACCGAUGCCGUUCUUGUCGAAGCCCUGCGACGGCAGUAUCCCGACCUCGACCUGACCAUUGUACCCCAGGCCAGCGCCAAUUUGCUCGCAUAUGCUUCUGCUGGCUUCGCCACUGCCACCCCUCUCGACGAUUCAGUCAAUGAUCCCGUCUACGGCACUGCUCUCAAAUGGCGUGUCUUCAUCCCCCCAGCCCGCCGCCUCGACAACUCGCCAGGCCUCAUGGCCGACCGAGUGCUCUUCGGAAAGUUCCUAUACAAGUGGAAUGGCCACGAUUUCAUCCUCUAUGUGGCAAACGGGAGGGACGGCGGGAACCCUUAUCCCGACGUCACCAACAAUUACAUCCUUACGCGCGAUGCCACCCUGGUCAACAAUCUAGUCAAGGAUGCCACCUUGUGGGGUAGCAAGCUUCACAAUGAGGUCUGGGUAUUCGACCAAGGCUUCUGGCAGAAGAGCCGCGAGCUCUACGAUUCUGUGCAAAAGGCCCAGUGGGACGACGUGAUCCUAGAACAAGGCAUGAAGAAGGCCAUCAUAGCCGACGUAGAGAACUUCUUUGAUGGCCGAUCUACCUAUCAGAACCUCAAAGUGCCCUGGAAGAGAGGCAUCAUUUACUAUGGACCUCCAGGUAAUGGCAAGACCAUCAGCAUCAAGGCCAUGAUGAACGCUCUGUAUCAGCGUGGCCGGAACGGAUCCACCAAACUCUCUGUCCCGACCCUCUACGUGCGCACGCUAUCUUCGUUCGCUGGCCCUGAGUAUUCUCUCCGCAACAUAUUUGCCAAAGCCCGCCAAGAAGCGCCAUGCUACCUGGUCUUCGAGGAUCUCGACUCCAUCGUUAGCGACCACGUACGCUCCUACUUCUUGAACGAAGUGGAUGGCCUGCGCUCCAACGAUGGCAUUCUCAUGGUAGGCUCAACUAACCAUCUCGAUCGAUUGGACCCUGGCAUCUCUAAACGACCUUCUCGCUUUGAUCGCAAAUACUACUUUCCUGACCCAGAUUACGACCAACGCGUUCAAUAUGCGCAGUUUUGGCAAUCAAAGUUGAGUAACAGCCACGACCUCGAGUUUCCAGAUGCUUUGUGUCCUGCAGUCGCUAGGAUCACGGAUAAGUUCUCUUUUGCAUACAUGCAAGAAGCCUUCGUCGCAUCGCUGCUCGCGAUCGCCGUAGGCGACAGCAGCACUGCCGACCAACAGCGCUGGGCUGGUCCUCACGACCCUCUCGCGAAGCCUAGCAAUGGCCCACAGUUCUCUGGUAGCUAUGGGCUACAUCACGCCAGUGGUGGCGGAGACGACGGUGACUUGGAAGAUCUAGUGCUGUGGAAAGAGCUUCAGAAACAAGUCGCUAUCCUACGUGACGAGAUGGAGGGGAAGUACAAACAACCACCCGCCAGGUCUGUACCGCGGAUGGUGAAGAUGAACGAUCUCGAUUUGUCCGCUUUCUCACCGUCACCAUGUCGAUACCGAGACGAACUGGAUGAGAAGCUGCAUCACCAAGGAGUCUUGAAUAGUGCAGCUGUUAAUCCUAGCAGCCAUCCGUCGUCAUCACCACAGAUGCUCCGCGAAAGCAUUGAUCACUUGGCGGAAGCUACCAGACGACUAAGAAUGUCCACCGGUGAAUUACAGUUAGAUCCACCCCACGAUACGGCUGGGUUGCUCAGCCAGCAACUCCGCUUCGCUUUGACAGGUGUUCAAUCCGAUGCUGGCUUUUCAGAACUGGACCCUGUUGCACGCUGGACAGGCAAGACCGUUGCCGGGCCUGGUAAUCAACGAUUGGAAAAUUGA